AUGGAGUUAACAUAUCUGUCUCCAUUCUCCAGAGGAGUUCAUUGUGUUGGGACCACAAGAAACAAUCAUUGCCUUGGUGGGCAGAGAUGUCACAUUCCCAUGCCACCUCUCUCCCCAGUUGGAUGCUCAACAUAUGGAUGUGAUAUGGUUUCAUGACCAGUCAGAUCUGGUACAUCAAUACAGAUAUGAAAAGGAUUAUUUGAAACAACAGCAUCUAGACUAUCAAGGGCGGACAGAAUUUCUUCGUCAGAACAUUUCCAGAGGGAAUGUGGCCCUGAGACUCCAUCAUGUCCGACCUUCUGAUGAGGGAAAGUACCGGUGUUACUUUGCACGUUCCACUUAUAAUCGUGAAGCAGAAUUCCAAGUGGAUGUGGCAAGUACAGGCUCUUCCCCUCACCUACACAUUGAAGGUGCUGGAAAUAAAAGGGUUCGGGUGGUGUGCACAUCUGCAGGGUGGUACCCAGAACCUGAAGUGCACUGGAGGAACCAGACAGAGGAGUCAUUGUCACAAGGCACCACGAUCAGUAGGAAAGAGAAUGGGCUCUUCUCUGUUGAAACCUCAAUCACUGUGUCUGCCGAUUCCAAAGAGAUUGUUUCUUGUGUCAUUGAGAACCCUCUUCUCAGCCAAAAACUGGAAGCAAGUGUUUCUUUGGCAGGGGAGUUCAUUGUAUUGGGACCACAACAACCAAUUAUUGCCUUGGUGGACAGAGAUGUCACAUUCCCAUGCCACCUCUCUCCCCAGUUGGAUGCUCAACAUAUGGAUGUGAUAUGGUUUCAUGACCAAUCAGGUCUGGUACAUCAAUACAAAUAUGAAAAGGAUUAUUUGAAAUAUCAGCAUCUAGACUAUCAAGAGCGGACAGAAUUUCUUCACGAGAACAUUUCCAGGGGGAAUGUAGCCCUGCUACUCCAUCGUGUUCGACACUCUGAUGAGGGGAAGUACCGGUGUUACUUUGCAAGUUCCACUUAUAAUGAUGAAGCAGAAUUCCAAGUGUAUGUGGCAAGUACAGGCUCUACCCCUCACCUACAAAUUGAAGGUGCUGGAAAUAAAAGGGUUCGGGUGGUGUGCACAUCUGCAGGGUGGUACCCAGAACCUGAAGUGCACUGGAGGAACCAGACAGAGGAGUCAUUGUCACAAGGCACCACGAUCAGUAGGAAAGAGAAUGGGCUCUUCUCUGUUGAAACCUCAAUCAAUGUGUCUGCCGAUUCCAAAGAGAUUGUUUCUUGUGUCAUUGAGAACCCUCUUCUCAGCCAAAAACUGGAAGCAAGUGUUUCUUUGGCAGGACUGGCCGACCCUGUGAUUGAGUCUUGUACUGCCCGGACAGGGACUUUCAUUCGUAACCCCGAUUCCUUUGCUGGUCUUAGGAUGACGAAGAGUUAA